AUGGUGGAAGGAAAUGUGCACGGGGCAGGGUUGCCACCAGGGUCCCAAACAGUGGAACCUUCGGCGCAAACCAGACUAGGCGAGAGGGAAAGACCCACUCAAGCCCAAAAUGCUUCCUCCGGCAAUGUUCCCUACCAGUUCCAGGUGCAGAUGGCGACUCCUCAGCACCAAAUUCCGGGUGGCCAAAUCUUCAAUUUACCGGGACAACAGACCACAGGCUAUCAAAUGGGUCGAGGGCAAUCCCCAGGCGCGUUUGGUAUGUCCGCAAUGGCCGGAGCGCUGCCAGAAUACCAAAACACUACUUCCUCUCAGAUGUCGCAUCAAGACUCACAGCGGUUCUUAGCGGGCACUUCAAGUACUUCGUCAAGCUACCAGGCUCAGCAGUUUCCAGGCCAAGCGCCGUUGAGCACUGGAAAUUAUCCCGUGCACCCCCCGCAGUACCCUUACCAGCAAGCUUAUGGUCAACUGCAGGCCAGCCCACAGUCCUCUCAUCCAAGUGGACCCAACCCUGUUCACUCUUCUUACCCGGGCGGUGCCUAUUUUCCGACAUCGCAACAGCAGUACAUAUACUACCCAGGGCAGUACGGACAAUCUCCCCAGCCGCAACAUGGGUCUUAUCCCACAUCCUAUGGUCCUGGGUCAACUCAUGCGUAUGGGCAGCAAGGGGGAGACGUGUCCGCAAUGGCUGGUAGAACGAUGCACAGUGGCUAUCCGCCGGGUACUGUAAUGCCGUAUUCCUCCUACGGAUCUCCUGGGGCAUAUCUGAGACCUGGCAGUCUGACAGGCAAGCGAUCUUUCUACGCCUCAAAGUCAUGGCUAACGACUGCUAUAGCGGUUAGCAGAGGCAAUUCAGGUUCGAGCUCGGGAAGUGUUCCGUCAUCGCCAAGGGGACCGCCUCGCAAACCGAAGCAGUCUGGCCAUGCACUUUGGGUGGGAAACCUUCCUUCAGGAACCGUGAUCAGUGACCUCAAAGACCAUUUCUCAAAAGAUGCUACCAAAGAUAUUGAGAGCGUAUUCCUCAUUUCGAAAAGCAAUUGCGCAUUUGUCAAUUACAGAAGCGAGGGGGCUUGUGCGGCUGCGAUGAGCAGAUUCCACGACUCAAGAUUUCAAGGCGUCCGGUUGGUUUGCCGUUUACGAAGAAACUCCCAACACCUCCGCUCCAGGGGUUCCUACAGGACCUGCAGCCCUCAUGCCCUCUGUGACCUAUAUGCAGACGGCCUUUGA